AUGUUCUCGUCAACGGAGACGUUCUCGCGCAACUUCUUCCUCUCUCCUGCUUUUACGUCUGGCUUGACGUACAGCACGUCGCUGUGUGACAGUAUACUGAUCAACCAGUUUUUCAAUGGCCGUAUCAAGAAAAUCCUGGGCGAGUUCAUGUUCACGUCCCGUGCGAGCGAGGCGUGGGCUACUUUGCGUGGUGAUAAAUCCAAGCCAGAACUUGAGUGCAGCUCGCUUUUUGCUGUCGAGGUGCCGCUCGAUUUCGUGGGACGCUCGUUCGAGUACGUUUUCCACUAUCUGCUGUCGUCGGAUGACAUUUUGAUGAUUGGGUUGUAUCGAUGCCACCCGUACAUGAAUGCUGCCAAUGAAACGGAGUCUAAGGCUCGCAUCGAAGUCCCGGAAAAGGACCGCAGUGUGCCAUUUGGAUACGUCUAUGUGAACCCUCAGCCGUUUGAAGUCAUUACGGGCGACGACUUGCUCUACGUUCUGUCGGACAAACAGCCUUGCUGGGCUGAAACUCAGAGUCCAUAG